GCUUCCUCUAACAGACCGUUCGACCCCCGUAGAGACUUGUGAUAAAGCUGUAUGCCGUGUCCGAUAUCGCAUUCAGAUUGUUGGAUUCCUGCCCGCGCGGCAUCCCGGCGUAUAUGUCCCGGCCCUAUAUUCUCUUGUCGAGGGAUUCCAACGAACUUGAAACCGUAUAUGCAGCUCAACAAUCCCGCCCCGAUAAUAUCUUGGUGUUGGUCCGUAGUAAUUUGGGGUCGUGUUGUGUUUCCUGCGUGGAUUCGUGUUGCUGUAGUUGGAGGUAUCCGUUAUAGUAGGACCCUUCUCGAGGCUCAAAUCGAAGUAUUUGCAUCAUCCUGGACUUGUGCUUCUCUAGUCGGUCGUUGGAAAGUGUAGCCUGCUCGAAGUGUUCGUGGGGUUGACUGCGAUGCUCGGAGAUGCCGACGGACCAAUUUCGGAUGUGAAACGGGAUUGCUAAUCGCCUACUACCGGCACAUGGAUAACACUGCGGUUAGUACCCAAAGGCCAAGAACCAAGCCAAACGCGUAUAUGCCGGGCCAUUUCCCUGAAACGACCAGAAAUGCAGGCGAAUAUGAC